AUGCCUGUCUGUGUUCUAGUGCCUCUCCACCAGGCCGAUACUCCUGCCGUCACGGAGGAAAUGCUUGGGAGCGCUGUGCGUGUCGCCUUCAAUGAAUUGCGUAUGAUUGGCCUGGGAUGUAUAACAUGUUGUUCUGUGUCUUCCGCAAGGCUUCAGCAGGAGGUGCGGCGUCGUUACCCACUGGCUUACGACCGUCAUAUCAUGUGUGGGCAAUGGGCCGGGAAGUGGCACCAUUUUGUGGAGGGAGUGGCAGGGCUACGUUGCUUUUUGUAUAGCACAACGGAUUACGCUGAGGCUGCUCAUUUGGCGACACAUAUUGCCGUAUCUGAGUUGCGUUGCUGUUUGCAGGAGGACAUCUUUAGCCUCGUGAGGCUUUCAGAUGAGGGAGUGGGUGCUCGACUUCUUUCCGAUGUACUCGAACACACAACUCUGAACCACAACUGCUGGCAACUGGCUCUGGAAGCUGUCAUCACUUCCCAAUUGAAUGGAAGACCCCGCUGGUUGUCCAAAGCAGUAGAGGCACCACACGUCGUGGAGCUCCUCCGACAAAUUAAUGAACCUCCCUUCCCGGGGCGGAGGCCGGGGAGUGAGCGACUGAGGCGCUGUGCUGCACACGAGUUGGUGAAACUUCUUUCCGCAAGGUACGAACUCGUACGCCAUGUGAGCGGCUCGCAGCUCCGCCGACACGUAAGUCAAUGCCUUUGUACGUGGGGCGCUAUUCCUGCUACAUUCAAUAAGUGGGACGAGGAACGUAUUGCGGUUAAUGGCUAA